CUUCUUACUUUGUGUCUCUUCAAAAAUGCUUCAUAAACCUAUCAAUAUAUGCUUUUUUAGAAAUAUCUUUCGUGUCCAUGAUAAUCAAUCGUUACACCAUGCUAUCCAAUCAAGCAAACAUGUACUACCUGUCGUCUGCCUAGAUCCUAGAUUGAUGGAUAUCAGUCUACUCAAUGACAAGUUGGGGUUAGACAAUGUUACGCCUAAAACACAUACUUUUGGUCUCGAACGAUGCGCUAAUUUUCGUACCAGCUACAUUAUUGAAUCCAUCAUGGCUCUCAAGCAGGAACUUAUCAAGAGAAAUAGUGAUUUAUUAAUCUUAUUUGGUACUCCAGAGGACUUGUUUCCUGCUUUACAAAAACAUCUUGCCAAGAAUCACUACCAGCUGGAAAAGAUACAUACACAUAAGGAGUAUGCCUUUGAAGAGCUUGCGGUUGAAAAGACCCUCUCCAAGACCUUACCUAUGGUCUAUCAUCAUGACACAACGAUGGUUCAUCCAGAUGAUAUUGAUUUUGACAAUACAUACAAAGUCUAUACCCAUUUCCGCAAGCGAAUUGAAAAGAUGGAUAAGCCUGUGCGUGAACCAUUAGAGAUCCCCAAAGAACUACCCUUUUUCCCCAAGGAAGCUAUUGAAUUCCAACCAAACGGCGAGCAGCAUCUCCAAGCUCUUUACAAGGAUGCCUCUGUCAAAUCGGAUCAACGAAACGCGUUUCCUUGGAAAGGUGGAGAGCAAAUAGCAAAAGAGCGAUUGAAUGAUUACUUGUUCAAGUCGGACGGUGUGAUUGAUUAUAAACAAACACGAAAUGGUUUGAUCGGUACUGAGUAUUCUACCAAAUUCUCCGUGUUUCUUUCCCAUGGUUGUUUAUCACCUCGGUUUAUCUGGCAUGAAAUGGAAAGACAUAAGAAAGAACACAAACGCAACAUUAAAGCAGCUGGUGAUGAAGAUGGUAUUUAUUGGGUCAAGUUUGAAUUACUUUGGCGCGAUUUCUUUCGAUACCUGGUCAUGGGGAACGGUAAAAAGAUCUUUUUGUUGCAUGGAUUUAGAAACAUGGCGCCGUUGGAAGAGGAUCAAAAGAAGCCCAAGAACAGUUAUUUGGAUAAAGUUUGGAAAACAAAUGAUGAGUAUUUUAACAAGUGGAAAACUGGACAAACGGGUUCUCCGUUUAUUGAUGCAUGCAUGAGAGAAUUAAUGUACACUGGAUUCAUGAACAACCGUGGUCGACAAAACGUGGCAAGUUAUUUAGCAAAAGAUUUGGAAAUUGAUUGGAGAAUUGGUGCUGAAUACUUUGAGUCUAUCUUGAAGGAUCACGAUGUCUAUUCAAAUUACGGCAACUGGCAAUACGUGUCUGGUGUGGGCUGUGAUCCACGAGAAGGGUUUAGACACUUCAAUGUGUUGAAGCAAAGCAAAGAUUACGACCCAGAGGGAUUUUAUAUCAAGCUUUGGUGUCCUGAACUUCAAGACCUGCCUUCGCAUUAUGUCCAUUGCCCCUGGCUCAUGUCCGCUGAAGAGCAAAAGCAAUACAACUGUGUGAUUGGACGCGACUACCCUGAGCCCAUGUCUAUGAUGGAAAGUUGGAAACGGCAUUACCCUACUGCUGCCAAAGGAAGCAAUAAAAUCACAAAGUAUCUUGAUACAAAGAACAAAAAGAUCAAGGUUAAAUAAAAGUACAAAAUAAUUUUUUAUUAUUAU